AUGGUUCUGCUAAAGAGCUUCGUGCUCGCCGGCCUGACAGCCGCUGUGGCUGCCAAGUCCGCGGUCCUCGACCUUAUUCCAGACAAUUUCGACAGCGUCGUCCUCAAGUCCGGCAAGCCCACGCUUGUCGAGUUCUUCGCCCCAUGGUGUGGCCACUGCAAGAACCUCGCCCCCGUCUACGAGGAUCUCGCCAGCUCAUUCGCAUCCUCCAAGGAUGUCCAGAUCGCAAAGGUCGACGCCGACGCCGAGAAGGAACUUGGCCGUAGAUUCGGUGUCCAAGGAUUCCCUACCCUCAAGUUCUUCGACGGCAAGAGCGAUACCCCUACCGAUUACAACAGCGGCCGGGAUUUGGAGAGUCUGACCAACUUCAUUACCGAGAAGACCGGCGUCAAGCCCAAGAGGAAGCUGGAGAAGCCUUCGGCUGUGACUUACCUGACGGAUACCACUUUCGACAAGGAGAUUGGCGGUGACAAGAACGUCCUGGUUGCAUUCACUGCACCUUGGUGUGGACACUGCAAGAACCUCGCCCCUAUCUGGGAGCAAGUUGCCGAGGAUUACCAGAACGAGCCCAACGUUUUGAUUGCCAAGGUUGAUGCUGAGGGCGAGAACAGCAAGGCGACCGCCAAGAUCCAGGGCGUGACCUCCUACCCGACCAUCAAGUUCUUCCCCGCUGGCAGCAAGGAGGCUGAGCUCUACAGCGGCGGCCGCAGCGAGAUUGACUUCCUCACAUUCAUCAACGAGAAGGCCGGAACACACCGUGCUGUCGGCGGCGGCCUGGACAGGUAUGCGGGCACGAUCGAGGCCCUCAACUCUGUGGUCGACAAGUUCACCGGUGGCACCAGCAUCCUGGCCGACUCCCUCGCGGAGGCUCAAAAGCAGGCCGGAGAGCUCAAGGAGCAGGCUCAGUACAAGUAUGCCGAGUACUACGUCCGCGUCUUCGACAAGCUGAAGAGCAACGACGGAUAUGCUGCCAAGGAGCUUGCGCGUCUGGAUGGAAUCCUGAAGAAGGGUGGCCUCGCGCCCACGAAGCUCGACGAGCUCACGAGCAAGACCAACAUCCUGCGCCGAUUCGUCGAGGAGAAGAUUGAGCAGAUCAAGGAUGAGUUGUAA